AAAUACCGAACCUUAUUUUGCGCUAGGAUUGUUGAUUUAUCUUAUUUACGAGUCUGGAGCAUACCAAUAAUGUUAAAUAUAAAAAAAUCUGCGAUAACAAUGUGCCUAAUUAACUUCUAUCCCAUUUAUAAAGAAGAGUGAAAAAUGUAGGGUAUUAAUUACUUCAGAGUAAUUAAAGCAGUCUUUAAUAUAAAUCGAAAUUUGCCGCGAAAUUAUGAACAGUGACCCCAGAGAUUUUCCGCAAGCUAGUACAUUUUGAUUAUCUCGUUAAGUGAACGAAAAUUUUUUCGAUAAGAAAUUGUUUUUGUCCUAACAAAAAUGCUUAUAGAUUAUGAAACAAUAUUUUUUCCAGUUAACUAAAUUAUGAGUGAAUGUUUCAAUAACUUUGUUCAUACAUAACAACUCGCAAACUAAUAAAUCUAUUCAUGACUAUGAAGCCAUUUAUCAAAGGAAACUAUACCAUUUAUCGAACGAAUUAAUCAAUUUGUGUAAUUGAGUUUUAAAGUCAAAAAGACCAAUUCCAAUUAAUCAUACCCCUUCGAAUGGGGGAACGAUUAAAACUUUGGAACAUUUCGAUUUUAAAAACUCCGGGAAUGGACGUGCCUUCGUUGAAGAAAAGCCAUCCGCAAAAAUAUUAUUUUAAAGCGCUAUGCAAGUUCAUGUUUUAUUUGGGUAUGGGGGAUCUUUGGUACGAAGAGAGCGAUGCAUCUUACAUUAGUAGGAAGUUGUAUACAGUCUGGAGGGUCAUUGCAAAUGGGUAUAUCAUCAUUAUUUUGUUAGACGAGCUCUUGUCUUACGCCCGCACCGAUUUGACGGAUAGAGAAAAGAAUGACUUGGUCCAAUUCACUUUCGCUCACCCACUGAUCUACUGUAAGGUCCUCACUCUUUACAUCUGGAAGGACCGCAUCAAGGUGGUGAUGGAACGUCUGCUAGAAGGCUCCAGGCUCAUAUUUCAUUCUCUAGAGUUGGAGCGUCUGUCUGUCAAGCAGUUCAGCAGACAUUGUUUCUCACUUACCACCGUUUCGUAUGUGACCCUGUGUUCAGCUACUAUUGAAGGAAUUCGUCUGCAUUUUAUUGAAGAUAUUCCAAUUCGUACAGAAGUAGUUUACUUCCCCAAUCGUUCAGAGACAGGUUUCUUCAUCAACGUACUCCGGUUCUUCGUGGAGUUGCACUGGUACUGCAUAGUUGCCAUGAUGGCUACCAUGGACUGCCUCGCACUAUGCUCCCUACUGACUGUAGGCCAUAAGUUCAGGGUGUUAAGGUUGUAUUUCCGAGAGCUCAGGACCAGGAUUAUGGAACACAGGGGAAAGAAGACAAGAGAAGAGCUUAAUGAAGAGUUUAAGAAGGGAUUCAUUGUUGGGAUCAAGUUGCAUGUUGAUGCUUUGUGGUGUGCGCGCAAUGUCCAACAGUCCAUGGGACCUCUCUACAGCAUCCAGGUGACGGAAAGCGUAGCUCUACUCGUCAUGUGCCUAGUCAAGAUGGUGGUUCAAGAGCGCACAUUUACGUAUCUGAUCGCCAACUUUGCGUUCAUCAUGUGCCUGAUAAUCCUCACUGGCUCCUACAUGAUGGCUGCUGGAGACAUCACUCAUGAGGCGUCAGAAGUGGGCACAGCGAUAUUUCACAGCGGCUGGGAGGAUUGUGAAGGUCGAGCUGAUCUCCGAACCCUGGUUGUAGUGGCACUGCAGAUGAGUCAGGUGCCUGUGUACAUGACGGCCUUCGGAGUCAUCACGCUGUCUUACACCAACUUUAUAUCGGUAAGUGUACCAUGAACAUUAUGGAUUUUAAAAUUAGUUUUUUGAUUUGGUAAUACGGAGUGUUUGGUGUUUCUUUUCUCUUCCCCUCUAAUAAUAUCUUCUGAUUUAUUUCGUUGCGGGAUCCAAGACAGUCAUUCAUGUCCCUGGGACGCGCCGGACUUCAAUGUUCCGGUGUUUUCAUGGUUGUAUCUACUGUAGAUCCUGGCUUACAGGAGUUGCAGCAGUAUGGGAGGCUGUGGCGGGCUUGUCCCAUA